UAGAGUUCGUCGUGUUACGAUUUAAAUUUUAAAUUAGGACAUAAAUAUAUAAGAAUAGUACUUGUUGGCUUGUGGUGUACAAAAAUGGCGUUCCUCGAAGGACCAUCACUAAAACAGGCGGAAAUGAUCAAACUGGAGCUUGGAGAAGGACCAGGAGAGCUAGAGAGGGGGGUCAGGGACCUGCGUAGUAUGUGUGCGGCCAACCCUUACUUGCCACAACCAGAAUCUUUAGAUACACACUUGCUAGAAUCAUUCCUACGGGGCUGUCGCAUGGACUUCGAGAGGGCUCGCAAAAAACUAGAAACAUUUUGCUAUGCGCGCUCACGUUUCAGGGAUCUGUAUGAAUACCGCUCCGUCACCGAGCCGCCACUCAACGAAGUAUGCAAAUUUUUAGACAUAGUUCCUCUACCUAAGCUGACCGACGAGGGCCUUCGCGUGACCAUAUUCAGGGUGAGACCGAACUAUCCAGAGAACGCAACUGACAUAACGGCUGCUGUUAGAGCCAUUCUUCUCAUUAGUGAUGUCCGCAUGCACGAUGAGACGCUCAUCGCGGGUGAUGUGUUCAUUUGGGAGGCUUCACAUGUACGUGCAUCGAUAGCGGCCCGCGUGGCUGCAGCAGCCGGCACUGUACGUCGCAGCAUACAACUCGCUCAAGCAGCAUACCCACAACGUAUGCGACGAAUACAUGUAGUCGGAGCUCCUUCCCUUGUCGCCUCUUCACUACACCUCAUGCGCUCUUGCGUCAACGAGAAAAUCAGGAAAAGGUAUUACUUGCAUUCAAAAACUGAAGAGUUAUUGGAUCAUUUUCCGACUCGAGUAUUGCCCGUCGAGUGGGGUGGUGAAGAGGAGUCCAUCGAAAUUCUUAAUAAGAAAUGGCGACGCCGCGUCGACGAAGUGCGAGACUACCUUCGCUAUCUCGGCGAGCUCUGUGAUGUCACUCCGGACGUUUCGUACGACGCAGAUAUUUAUGGCGCUGUUGGUUCUUUCAGAAAACUCGAUAUCGAUUAAUGUACUUUAAUAUAAAUAAUUAUAUAAUAAAAAACAGUGUUUUGACGGAAUGUUUUUGUGAAUGAAAAUUGAAUUAAUAUUUUUUUUAUAUAAAUGCUUCGUUUGUUAAAAUGUGAAAAUAGUGGAUAAUAUAUUCAUCCAAAAAACUUGUAGGUAAAACCGAUCCAGUAGGAUUAGAAAUAUUUAAAUUUUACAACACCGUGCGCGGUGAGACGGCUUGCGUUUCGUCUUAGUUUAAUUUGUAAGAUUAAAUUUAAUUAGAUCUAAUUUAAUAUUAUGUAAAAAAUAAUCCAUUUGGUUUUUUUUUAAAGGAUAAAAUAAUGCGAUGUAUUUAUUGUUAUCAGUUUUUAUAUAAAUUCACCUAAUCAUGAUUCCUAUGUAUCAAUACUAACAACUGAACUUAAAACCAGUUCCACUAAACCGUGGACCUUUGCACUCAAUAUCUAUGCUGGUGACAAUUUACCAGUUUACACUUCCAUACAAGCAACACCAAAUAUACUUUGACAUACCAGCUUUCAUUCUUAUUCCAACUUCCAACAUUAUUAUAAAAAAUUUGAAGUCAUCUAACAUUUAUAUACUUUGGCGACACCUGUACCAAUUAAUCGCUGCACCGGGACCUUUAUUCGCGUAGCUAAGCUACUGAUUGGUACAAAAUAUAAUUCAAUUUAGUAAAUGGAAGAAAUGAAAGCUUGGUAUAAUAUCUAUUUUUUUAAAUAUAAAUCAUAUUAUACCUACUCAAGUUCACAAAACCGCUGAAUAAUGCAUCGUAAUAUUUCAUUUCAAACAAGUUUUAUAACUGUGUUCAUUCAAGUCACAAUCAUAAAUAUUCUUUAAGAAAAUACAAAAUUUGUUAUUUUAGAUAUUACUUCAAAUAAAUUUUUAAGUUCUCAUAUUAUAUUUUCAUUAUAUUUCUAUUGCUUACAAUGCACAAGCCGUUUGUAUUAAGAUCGCUGUCGUAAUUCUCGUACGUAUGUACUUAAACUUUAAUAUUACUAUAUCUAUUAUUUAGAUUAUAAAGAAUGCAAAAGUUAGUUUUUAAACAAUAUUAUAUAGUAAAUAUCAUAUGAUUUUAUUAUUUAC